UGGUUUCUUUUCAACCAGCGUUAAAAGUGUGCCGCGUGCGUCUGUGAUUUCGAUUUGUUUUAACUUGUAUUUAAAAUCAAAAGUACAGACACAUAAAAUGGGUAAGCCAGGUUUCAGUCCUCGUGGUGGUGGCGGCGGUAGAGGAGGCGGAGGCGGUGGAUUCGGUGGUCGCGGCGGCGGCGGCGGUGGACGUGGCGGUGGUGGAGGUCGUGGAGGCUUCGGAGGACGCGGUGGCGGUGGAGGUGGAGGACGUGGUGGCGGUGGAGGUCGUGGCGGCUUCGGUGGACGCGGUGGCGGUGGAGGCCGUGGUGGUGGUGGCCGCGGUGGUGGACGUGGCGCCGGUGGCCGUGGAGGCGGCCGUGGCGGUGGUGCUGGCGGCUUCAAAGGCGGCAAAACCGUCACCAUUGAACCACAUCGUCAUGAAGGCGUGUUCAUUGCGCGCGGCAAAGAAGAUGCUCUGGUCACACGAAACUUUGUGCCCGGCUCCGAAGUCUACGGCGAGAAGCGAAUUUCCGUUGAGACUGGCGGCGAAAAGAUUGAGUAUCGCGUGUGGAAUCCCUUCCGGUCCAAGCUGGCCGCUGCCAUUCUUGGCGGCGUUGAAAAAAUACACAUGCCACCUGGCUCCAAGGUGUUGUACCUGGGCGGCGCAUCGGGCACAACGGUGUCGCACGUCUCGGACGUUGUCGGACCCGAGGGUCUGGUAUAUGCUGUCGAGUUCUCACAUCGGUCGGGUCGCGAUCUGAUAAAUGUGGCCAAGAAGCGCACCAACAUUAUACCCAUCAUUGAGGAUGCUCGGCAUCCGCACAAGUAUCGUAUGCUGGUCGGCAUGGUGGACACCAUCUUUGCGGAUGUGGCGCAGCCAGAUCAGGGCCGUAUCGUGGCGCUGAAUGCGCAACAUUUCCUUAAGAACGGCGGUCACUUUGUCAUCUCCAUCAAGGCGUCCUGCAUUGACUCGACGGCGCAACCCGAAGCCGUGUUUGCUGCCGAGGUGAAAAAGAUGCAGGCGGACAAACUGAAGCCACAGGAACAGCUGACGCUGGAACCCUAUGAACGUGAUCAUGCUGUUGUCGUGGGCGUUUACCGUCCACCGCCGAAGCAGUGAAGCGACGCAGCAUGUGGUUAGGUCUUAGGCUAUAUACAUAAUACUUCUAUUAAUGCAAAUAAUUGUAUUAAGUUUCUUUUUUUAAUAUACAAACAAA